CCCUCUUUUCACAAUCUACAAAGCGAAGUGGAUGAGCUAUGGAAACUGUCCUCUCUCCCUCACAUUCUCGCGCCAUAUCCAAUCAUCCCAAGCUUUCACUCUUCAGGGACCAAGCUAAGAUAAGUUCAUCAAACCAAAAGAUAUGUAAUUCUAACAAGAAAUUCGUAGCUUGUUGCUGUGAAUCUUCAGAACCCACCUCCCAAAAUGGAUUUUGCAGGAGGGAUAUUGUUCUAUUCGGGUUUGCUGCUUCGGUUGCUACAGUUUUCCCAGUAGAAGGAUCUGUUGCUGAUGAAGAGAUUAAAAUGGUUCCAAUAGUUGAUGACCUAAAUGCAUAUUCAUAUUUGAUUCCAUUGGAAAUGCCUUCCAAGAACUUUUCCUUUAAAUGGGUGGAAUCAAGAAAACCCGAACGCUACUCAUCUGCAGCACCUCUUUCCCCUAACGCGCGACUACGGAUUGUGGCUGAACGUGUUGAUUUUUUUGACAAUCUCAUUCUUUCUGUAACGAUAGGUCCCCCAAAUCCAAUAUUCUUGAAAUCAAAUGAUAAGAGUACAUGGGAAGCAAAGGAUGUUGCUGAUUCUGUUUUAUCCGACAAGUCUGCUUUGCGUGUUACUUCGAGUCAACGCAUGGCAGAAAGUUCGGUUCUUGAUGCUCACACUUCAGAAAUUGAUGGUGAACCAUAUUGGUACUAUGAAUACCUAGUUCGCAAAUCCCCUACAAAAACUGUGACAGAUUCAAGUAUCUUUCGGCAUUAUGUAGCUGCAUCUGUUGAACGCGAUGGAUUUUUAUACACUUUGAAUGCUUCAACACUGAACAAGCAAUGGGACAUGAUGGGGCCCGUACUGGAGAAAACCGUAGCUUCGUUUAGACUUCUCCCUCCCACUGAAAACUAUGUUCCACCAUACAAGGAUCCGUGGAGAUUUUGGUGAUUAAUUUGUAAUCAUUUUUUUUUUUGUAAAAUUUUGGUGGGUUAAUUAACCCUUGCAAUGUUGCAUUAGAUUAGGGUUUUGAAACUGCAAUCCCAUAGCGAGUAUGGCGUUUAGCUUCUUGUAUUUAGUUUGAUUUGUCAAAUGAUAAUGUAGCAACCG